AUGCUGGGGAGAUUGAUUCAAGGCUACGCCAGAGGUAGCCAGCUCGAGAGUGCUACAGAAGAAACACACACCCGCAGUCUGCUCUGGCCAGAAUUGUAUGUGGAGGGUCGUCCCGGUUCUCUGUCACCACCAGCCACCCCCUACGGCUCUCCUACCACCCGUGUCUCGCCUUUCGAUGACCGAAUUGGGCUGGAACUGAACGAGUCAAAGGACUUAAGGCUAAUAGUCGCCCAAGAUGCCUUUGGAACAAACGACCGUCCUUUGCUGCUCUUUGACACCCAAUUUGUCGAGUCCAAGGAGCCCAACUUGUCUCAAGGCACAACUGUCCCCUCUCCUGCUGCCGCCGGAGCACCUCUUCGUGCCGGCCCUUCCAUUCCUAUUCUGGGACAUGUGAGAAAUCGAAGUUCUACCAUUUCAGGAGUGUCCGCGUCGUGGGCGCGCCCUCAUAAGGAGUCGGAGCCGACGGACCACCUCGGCAAUGUCCUGGACUGCAUGUUUGGUGUCAGCAGUGCUACAAAAUCCGGAUCCAGCACAAAACUGCACUUCCUCCCGGGCGACCGGAGUCCUGCGAGCGACCUAAGUUCACGUGCACCAUCCUCAAACCUGCCCAGCACAGCGCCUUCUCGUGCCCCCCUCUUGAGAGCGAAGACAGCCACGACCACCGUCAACAGCCAGGGUCAGAACAACCCUCCCAAGGAAUCCGAACCAGAACCACGGGACGCCGUUCUGGUUACUCGUAUGUUUUCGGUUACGCUUCCUGAGGCCCAGGAUGAUUUGAGGCAGCGCCGAAGGUCUUCUGCUGAACAUGCCAGUUCGAUCAGUCCGCUUUCGUAUGGCCCUGAGUACCAAAAUGGCCCACCUCUGCAAGGCAAGAAACCCAAACUCGUAGAGAAAAAGACUCCAGUCUUUGCGAUCGGCUUGCUAUUCUAUCUGCCUCGCCCUGGUGACGUGCGUCCAAACACCUCAUCGGCUCGCCCAUCAUCAAGAGCUUCAUUUACGCCGUCAUCGACUCCAAAUUCUCAUGGGUCAGGUUCCUUCUCUUCCUGGACAUUUCUGAAUGCCAUCCCCGAGCACUUAUGGUCUCCUGAGGAUUCCAGCCUGCUGACUGAUCGUGGCAUUGAUAUCAUUGUCAGAAACUGGGAAGUCAUUCUGAGGAGCCUCACUGUUGUUGAGACAAUGGCACGCUCCGAGAUUGGCAAGUUUUUGCAGGAAGUGAACCUGGCGCUGAUUACCUCCGCAGCAAAAGCACCAAAAGGUCCUUCAGAGCAACGCACGAAUCAACGAAACGUCUAUCUUCGCUCUCCCAACAGAUUGGCCCAAGUGUCCGAGCUGCAACGCGCUGUCAGGCAUACUCUAUGGAGAGUUUCCUAUGCUCUCCGCAUUCCGAGGGUUCUUACGGGGCUAGGGCUUGACAACGGAGGCCACUGGCUCGACGAAGCACGGUAUCUGGUCCGAAUAUGCGGAAAUAAACAGCAAAACUUCUUUCUUUUCAAUCUGUUGACUGCAUUUCUCGGAAACCAUACUGAAUGGCUGGAAAAGUUAGGGCCAGACUGGUAUCGAAGGCAAUUCAGAGCUUUGAAUAAAGGGAAGUCUCGACCCAAUAACCUUGCCUCUCGGACAGUCAUAGUCUGCGAAAACCGAUCAAUGGCUCGCCGCAUAAUCUUUUUACUGGCAUCGUUCUUGCCGCGGAAUGCAAUCACAAAGCUCCCGACUGAGAACUUGUCGCCCCUGCUCACGCCCGAUGUCAGCUCCGCUUCGCCAAUCAACAGGAUCCUCAACGAAGGAUCCCUUCGCCGCCACGCUCAUAAUAAAUCCCGAGACGGAACUGUCCUAUUUGAUCGCCGCGAUGGUGCCGGGUUAUCCAGUAGCGUCUCAUCGUCCGAGAGUGCCGCUGGCAUUGCUAAAGCUUUCCGUGGAAGCUCUCGGUCGAGGAUCUCCAACGCCGAGCUUACCCUAGGCAUGAGACCCGUGUCAGUGUUUUCUCCAGCGGAUAAUGGUGGUAAUCUCCACAAGACAAAUGCUACUAGUUCGACGGCCACACCCGGCGUGGGCACACCUGUGCCGCAUUUUGCGACAAGGGCUGAUGACAGCUACUUUCCUGAAGGCGCGGUUUUGGAUGGCGAAGAGACUGGCGCCAGCGCCGAUCUGGCCCGAAUCUUGAGGCGUGACAGCGUGAGCCAAUCACAGUCCCAACAAUCAAGUAUGAAUUGGGGCUCAUUGAUCAGCAACGUUUCCGGGCUGUGGAACAAAAGGCAAGACUCAACCGCUUCAACGAAUGAGAUCACAAGUUCUUCCGGCACUGGGAGCUUGAGCGAUCGUCGCAGGCUUGCUCCUAGGUCAGUACCAAUCCAUGGCAGGCAGCCAAGCCGACUGGAGGCCAUGGUUGAUGAAGCCGGUCGCCUUCGAAAGAGUAAACUGCUAAGUCAGGACGAUGAUCCUGCAAGUAUAUUUCGUCCGUCGACGUUCCCAAGCGAAGUACAUCCCCCACGACUUACAGUUGACGAGAGGGACGGCGUUGUUGAUGUGGAUAUCAAUAUUCCUGGUUUUAUAGGCUGGAAUGAAGGGAAAACGUCUUCUCCUCCAUCAUGGUUACAUCAUCGGUCACCUUCUUUUGCGAGUGUGGAUGAAGCGGGCUCGUCGUACAGCUCACAUUCACGUCACACCGAUUCGACAGGGUCGAGGACUUCAAACGUUGCUGGUUAUCUGAAACGAUUCCAUGAAGACUUUGUUCUGCAGGGGGUCAAGCCGUACUCCGAGCUCCAAGAUGAAAUCAGGCAAAGCAUGUCAAGAGAACCAACUCCUUCCGAUGACAUGUCUAUUUCCCCUUCUGACACGCGUGACGCGGGAGGACGAUGGGUCACCGUUUGCACGACGUUACUUGCCGACCUUAGGAACUUUAGCAUUCAGCGUCUGACCUUAAGGCGAUUGGCGCAGCGAGGGACUGGAGGCGGCACCGCUACAGGUGCCCAGAGCCAGUCAAGAUCAGAGAACAUCUCAGAACCUUCUGGCGCAUCAUCCAGUGUCCAGCCAGGAUCGUUAGUGACUCAGCUGGAGCAGUUUGACAGCGAAAUAGUCAUGGACUUUGACACAACGCUUACUGAUGCAAUCGAACGUGUUCUGAACGAGACAGAACCGGGGAAACAAAAGUCGGUGGCUUCAACUAGGACACACUCACGGACUGUGUCCGCCGCUACUUCGUCUUCCGUGAAGUCGCUGCCGCUGGAGAUUUCGGGCCCCGGUAAGACCAGGGACUGGCCUCGCCCAACUACGUUGUCGCAGUCAGAUUGCCGGCAAGUUGUAGUAGGCGCUCUUGAGGAAGUCGUGAAGAGUGUCAAUGAAGAUUUGACCAGGUAUAACAGAGGCCGAGACGCUGAUGGACAUGUCAAGAUCAACGGCGAUGCUUUGAAUCAGGAAAUGAGGCAAGAUAAUGUGUUACGUGAGGGAGUGAAGAAGUGGCUCCUCAAUGUCGAAACGAGGAGUGUGUGGUAG